CUUCCUUUAAUAUCUCAUACGUCAUCAAAAUGCGCCGUUACUCUGGCAACGGUUUAAGCGACGGUGCUGAGUUGUUUAGCUAGCUUUGGAGCUGUGGCUAAAAAUAUCAAAUGCAAUGCCAAAAAUAAACUCUGACACGCUAUGGGAGCUUGCCACAGCCGAGGUCCAUAGUCGGGAGAGCGGAGUCGGUGAGGAGGAUGGAGGAGUUAUGGUCAGCGACAGGACUGUGUUCCUGAUGGGGAGCAAGGCAGGGGGGAAAACAUCCAUUCUCCUCAGGUGCCUCGAUAGAGAUGAACCGGCUAAACCGACCUUGGCUCUGGAGUAUACUUUCGGCAGACGGGCCCGUGGACACAACACACCAAAAGACAUAGCUCACCUAUGGGAGCUGGGUGGUGGUACCUCCUUGUCAGACCUGGUCCAGAUCCCCAUCACUCCUGUCAGCAUCAAGUCUCUGUCUGUCAUCCUGAUCUUGGACCUUUCUAAGCCUAACUCUGUGUGGGGAACCAUGGACAAAUUACUGCAGGCAGCACAAGCUCAGACAGAGAAAGCCUCUCACCAGGCACAGCAAAUGGAGAAGGCAAAAGCUGGUGCAAAACACCAGUCAUCUAUGCCCACAACAGCUCGUGUCUUGCCAAAAGACUAUCCUGAUAGAGAGCUGAUCAGUCCUUUUCCUCUUCCUCUGCUCAUUAUUGGCAGCAAAUAUGACAUCUUUCAGGAAUUUGAUUCUGACAAGAAGAAGUUAAUUAGUAAAACACUGCGUUUUAUUUCCCACUACUAUGCAGCCUCUCUUAUUUUUACCAGCAUCAAGUCAGAGAGCCUGAUGUCAAAAACCAAAAGUUUUGUCAAUCAUUUGGCCUUUGGUCUGGACAAAGGGAAAACGGUGUCCACUGAUGCCACCAAGCCCCUCAUUAUUCCUGCAGGUUUAGACUCUUUCAGCCAAAUAGGUUCCCCUCCUUCUACAGAUGUUGAUAUCACUUCUCUGCAUGCGAAAAAUCCAAAGGACCUCUGGAAGAAAGUGUAUGAGCGUGUCUUUCCUCCUGAGAGCAUUAGUGAGCAGAGGGUACUAAAGGAUCCAGCUUGGGAUCCACAGUAUAGUGAACCACAAAUCGAUGCCAUGAGGGCUCAGAAAGAUCAGGAGUUGGAGCAGUAUAAGAGGAAUGUGGCUAAAUCAUGGAAAGGACUGGAGCUGGAGACCUGAGACAUUAAACUUUAUGGUGUCACACACAUACACCACAUAUGAUGUACAUUUAACUAUAUUUAUUUACAUGUGAACUUAUUUUUUUUACAGGUGUUUGAUCAUUUGUAUAGCUUGUAUGAUAACAGAGUUUGUUUCAACAAUUUAUCAAUACAUCACAAUGCAUAGUAAUGUUACAAUGUGGUAAAAUCUACAAAAAUAAAGUAUUUUAUGUGAAUACA